UCGUUAAUGUCCGCAAAACGGCAAAAGCAUUGAAUCGCUCUGAAUCCCAGGAGGACUGGUUCUCUAAUCUUGUUCGUCGCUUUCCCUUCCGACUCCGAUCAAUUUCUUCUCCGAUUUCCUAAUUUGGCUCUUGCUAUCUCGAAUUCAACAUGGCUACUGCCGCCACUGGCGAUGUCGAAGCCGGGUUCGCCAAGCUUCAGGGCGAGGACUUCGAGUACUAUAUGCAAACCUAUUCUAUCAUCCUUGGGCGGAAUUCUAAAAAAUCCAGCGUCGACGUUGACCUAUCCAGCCUUGGCGGCGGGAUGAACAUCUCCCGCCACCAUGCCCGCAUAUUCUAUGACUUCACGCGUCGUCGUUUCGCCCUCGAGGUUCUCGGUAAGAAUGGUUGUCUUGUAGAAGGUGUCCUUCACCUUCCGGGCAAUCCACCCGUGAAACUCGAUUCCCAAGAUUUGCUUCAAAUUGGGGACAAGGAGUUUUACUUUCUGCUGCCGGUGAGGAGUAUUCUGGGAGGGCCGCUUGGGCCUAGGCAUUAUGUGAAUCAUUCAUCAAUGGCGGCCGGAGGGGCAGUUCCGCCGCACUAUAAUUAUCAUAUGGCCAAUGCUGCACCUGCGGCUGGAGCUUUGGUGAAGAAAGGCAGGAGGGAUUACUACGAUGAUGAUUAUGAGGAUGAGGAUGACAUUGGUGGCACUGGUAGCAGGGGGAAGAAGCUAAGGAGGGACGGGUAUGAAGGUUACGGGUAUGGCGGGGUAGGCUCGGGGGGCAAGACUUCACUUUCAGGAGCGUUGGAUAAGAAGGCA